AGCAAUUCAUAGUUACAAGUCGCGUCUGGUUGUGACGAAGGCGACCAAGAGGAUUAUGUGUAGUCGUGCAUGCUUGUGGACAACUACUGGACACCCGACUGGACAAAGAAGAGCGUGGCGGGAGCAAUGGCUGCGUCUAAGGUUGAUGAAUUCAGGCUGGUGGUGGAGGUGACCGAUCUUGUGGCGGCCAACAGUCGGAGAUAUUUAGUUCGAAAGGGGAAGUCUAUUUAAGUGGCAAAACUGUAAAAAUGAAGCCUCCAGAGGUGAAGAAGAUGACGAUUGACUUAUGUUUGAAGAAAACAACACUCCGACAAUAUUGCGGGCUGGAAUUUGUAAACUAGUUUUUACAUAUCAAUUGAUAAAUUUUAUAUAUACUGUUUUUGUCAUUUAAUUUUUCUGUAAAAAAUUUUGUAGAGAUAAAAUCGAAAAGGGAAAUUGUGACCCCAUGGCUUCCUCUCUUUUAACUUUAUUAAAUUUACAGAUGAAGAAAAGAGAAGAGGAGAUAGUCGGCAAAUUGAGAAUUGAAUGCUGCAGUCAAAGCUUAAAACCACCCACUACCCACGAGAUUUCCGUUGCUUGCAGAAACAUACAACGCGUCUUUAAUUUUAAUUUUAAUAUAUCUGCUUUUGGUCUUAAGCUAAUCCUACAUUCCUAUCCUUGCUUUCUUUGGUCAACUCAACCAAAUAUAUUCUUCUCUUUUCUCUCUCUCCGCCAUUUUUCUUCUUCUGUAUGCUCAGUCUCGUCUUUGCCUUUUUGUGGAUUUGCUUCUCUUUAACCAGUUCUUUGUCAGGUUUAUGUUGUGAAUAAAGUGAAGCAAAAACAAUGGGAGCGGUUUGCUCUGGUGGAGCAACUAAGAAGAGCGUGAAAGCUGGAGGGAAAACUACCGGGUUUUCAGGGAAGCUUAAGUCAACAAAGAGCUUUAGUAAGCAAAAGGAGAAUUCUCGUCCUUAUUCCUACAGGGAUCAGAGUGAUUAUGGAAAUGAUCAGUUUCCAUUAUCCAUUUCUAGAGAAUUGAAGCCAACACCUAUUAAGACAAGGAUCAACAAGGUUCCCCAGAAGAGUUCAUUUAUUGGAAGAGCUGGCGUUGUGGGUCUAGAACGGGCUGUGGAAGUUUUAGACACACUUGGAAGUAGCAUGACAAAUUUGAACGCCAAGAGUGGAUUUGUCACAGGGAUAGCUUCAAGAGGAAACAAACUAUCUAUAUUGUCAUUUGAAGUAGCUAAUACAAUUGCAAAAGGGGCAAACUUAUUGCAAUCUCUUUCAAAAGAAAAUGUUCAGUUCUUGAGAAAAGAGAUAUUGCACUCAGAGGGAGUAAGACAGUUAGUUUCUGCAGAUAUGAAUGAGUUGUUGAGUAUUGCUGCAGCUGACAAAAGGAAUGAAUGGGAUCUCUUCUCACAUGAAGUAAUUAGGUUUGGAAAUUUAUGUAAAGAUCCACAAUGGCACAACCUUUGUCGAUAUUUUUCAAAGAUAGAUUCAGAGUUUUCAGACAGUCGCCAACCCAGAGCUGAUGCAGAAGCAACAAUGCAGGAGUUAGCUACCCUUGCUCAGCAUACUUCAGAAUUAUAUCAUGAAUUGCAUGCUUUGGACAGAUUUGAACAAGACUUUCAGCGAAAACGUGAGGAAGUGGAUGACUUACAUCGUCCCCGGAGAGGAGACAGUCUCAUGAUUUUACAAAGUGAGCUGAAACAACAAAGAAAGCUUGUAAGAAGCUUGAAGAAGAAGUCUCUUUGGUCUAAAAACUUGGAGGAGAUCAUGGAGAAGCUUGUUGAUAUAGUUAUCUAUAUACAUCAAGCAAUCACGGAAGCAUUUGGAAAUAACGGUUUGGCACCGGUAAGCAAACAACCCAGCAAAAGUCGGGAAAGAUUAGGUAUAGCUGGUCUUGCAUUACAUUAUGCAAAUAUAAUCAACCAGAUCGAUAACAUCGCAUCUCGUCCUACAUCUCUUCCCCCGAACAUGAGGGACACAUUAUAUCAGGGAUUGCCAAUUAAUGUUAAGUCAGCUUUACGGUCUCAGUUACAAACUCUUGAUGUCAAGGAAGAGCUUUCAGUAUCUCAAGUAAAAGCUGAAAUGGAGAAGACCCUCCGUUGGCUGGUACCUCUAGCCACAAAUACAACCAAGUACAUAUCUCACUGCUGCUUUGAUAGUUUGCCCUAGAUACUGCUUAUUGUCUUGCAUUUAUA